AUUAAGUUUCGUUUGGUUCUUGCGUGGUGGCGUAUCGAUUUUUGUUGAGUGAAGUCAGUGAAGUGAUCGUAGUGUUCGUGUCCUUUAUUCCUUUAUUUUAGUGACGUUUUUAGAAAAAUAUCUGUGAAUGGGAUUGUGUAACAAGAUAAAACGUUUAUUUGGUGUGUGAUUUUCCAUUAAGGAUGACGAAGGACAGGUUAGCGGCGCUUCAAGCGGCGCAAAGCGACGAUGACGACGUCGGGCCCGACGACGUCAACGUCGCGGUUGAAGAGAGCCCCAUGACCGAAUUCUUCGGUGAGACGGAAAAUCCUGAACGUCCGAAUUUAUUUUCUCAAUUUAAACGGAAGAUUCAACCUGGCAAGAAUACUCGUAGCGAGUUCUCAAAAUUUGUGAACAAUGUGGAAGAGAUACGGGAGAUGAUAGACAAGAUUCAAGCAAACGUGGAGGAGGUGAAGAAGAAGCACAGCGCCAUCCUAUCAGCACCGCAAUCAGAUGAAAAAACAAAGAACGAAUUAGAAGAUCUCAUGGCUGAUAUUAAGAAAACUGCCAACAAAGUCAGAGGAAAGUUAAAACACAUAGAGCAGAACAUCGAACAGGAGGAGCACUCUAACAAAUCAUCGGCGGAUCUCAGGAUAAGAAAGACACAGCACUCGACCCUGUCUCGCAAGUUCGUCGAAGUGAUGACCGAAUACAACCGCACGCAGACGGACUACCGGGACCGGUGCAAAAACCGGAUACUCCGGCAGCUGGAGAUCACUGGCAGGAACACUACGGACGAGGAGCUGGAGACUAUGCUGGAGCAGGACAACCCCGCCGUGUUCACGCAAGGGAUAAUAAUGGAGACGCAGCAAGCCAAGCAGACGCUGGCCGAUAUCGAGGCGCGGCACGCCGACAUUAUCAAGCUGGAGACCUCCAUCCGCGAGCUGCACGACAUGUUCAUGGACAUGGCGAUGCUUGUCGAGAGCCAGGGAGAGAUGAUCGACCGCAUUGAGUAUCAUGUAGAGCACGCUGUGGACUAUGUCCAAACUGCCACCCAAGACACAAAGAAGGCCCUAAAAUAUCAGAGCAAGGCUCGACGGAAGAAGAUCAUGAUCCUAGUAUGCUUGCUGAUACUGGGGCUGGUCGUCGUGGGCUACGUGUCCAGCUACUUCUACUAGCUCCGCCAAAUGCUCAAAGGAUCGCCAUGCAAUGGAUCAUCGUCGUCGGCGCCUGCGACCCGCCCGCCUGUCGCUGCUUCGCGGCGCUCGUCAAACAUCGUACAGUUUCAUUUGUUGCCACUAGUAACGUUGAAAUGUAUUUUUAUUCUAUAAACACAUGUUAGUCAUCAGCAAAUCAUUGUGGCUUCAAACACAUGCGACAAUGCUACGCGCGACUUUUGGCUCUAAUUUCAAACCAACAGCCAUAUUUAAUUUGUGUACCCAGUUGCCCAAACGUUUCUAACGCGAAUGUUUCAUAUACAAAAAUAUAAAGUGGAAGCAUAGAACGUGACGCAUCUUUAUGAACGUUUGCGUAAUGGGGCAAUAGAUGUAUAAUUAACAGUUAAUCCACAACUCGCAUACAUUCUUUACAUAUAAAAAACUUAUUAUAUAAGUACACAAAAUAGGAUUUGACUAGAUGUUAAGAUUUUAGAAUCGACCUACAGUGAUUUCUGUAACCCAUUGUUACUGUGAUUGUCAGAAUCUAUUUUGUGUGCAUACCGAAUCGUUCAUAAAAGGCAUAAAUUAGGAAAUAAUACUCCACUUGAAUAUAGUUAAUACGUAUACUUAUAGUUCAUAACAUUAUCAGAAAAACAAAUAUUUAGACAGUCUAUUUUUGAAAGUCCGCUGCAGGCUUCAUGUUAAGGAAUUAUAUAAAUGAACAUCACCUGUGGAAUUAGAAAAUUAAGUUAUAAACAUUGGCGAACCUGAAGCUUUAAGCUUCAGUUACGGGUUUCGUAACUCUGCCAUAGUAUGAUAUAUAUAAUUUAAUGUCAUACUGUCCACGAUGUCCAGAAAUGUUCACAAAAAUUAUUAAAUCAAACGAAUGGCAGUAUAACAAGCGCCGAUGUCAAUCAAAACAUGUAAUCAGUAUCUUUAACCGAAGAUUUGUAAUAAUCACAAAACGGACGAUAUUCAAGCAUUAGGUGUAGAUAUUGAUAUUUCGCCAAAAAAGGCUCGAUUAGGCCGAGGGCCGAAUAUUGUAGGAGGAAAUCGUCAGUAGGAGGAUGUUAGUGGAGGUGUCGAUACUGUCGAUCGCGCGAGUGGCCUAGUCCGGCUCGUGCGCCGGGAGGGGAGGAGGGCAGGCCACGGCGCACAGUACAAACAGGCGGCGCGGGGCGCCGAGUUGCCGACGGCCCGGCUCCGGCGCCGCCGCGCCUCACCAGAGCAUAUCGCGCCGGCGUGCCGUCGCCGUAGCAAUAAUGAUAUUCGAUUACAAUUGUAAAAUUGUUUUUAACUUUCGAAUGUGUGAUAGUAGAUGCAGUUGUUGUUUAGUUAACUUUAACAUUAUAAAUUAUAAUUAAUGAAUUGUUAUUGUGGAUGUAACUUUUAAUAAACCGUAAGAGUAAUUUUAAACUUUUCAUAAAUAGACACUCGUUUAAAUUAUCUCGGCGCUUUCGGAUCAGAAUCGUAGUUGACAAUUUGGUUUCUUACUCUUAAGAUCCCCUCAUUGUACAGUAAUCCAUAAUGUACUCGUACCUACGUAGCUGGUGUAGCUAGGAUAUACAUUUAAUAAAUUCGAAGUACCGGUCAUCGGCGAUGCAAGUACUUAAUAGGUAUUGAAACAGUAUUUUGUGUUCGUAACGUUACUUAUAUUUUCCUAGAAAAGAAAACACUCAAAGAAAAAAUAUUAAGCACCAACACGUAUUAGCAAUCUCCUAAUUUAAGAGUAUAAGUGUAAAUGUUAAAGAAACCUGAUGGUUACAAAAUUGGUAAGAGUAAAGGUGACCACUGAGCAGUGCUCGAUCGUCGGUUCAAAGAGGGCGUCUAACGGCCCUAAGCCCGCCGCCGGCGGCGCCAAGCCCUCGAGCUCGACGAACAAGCAAAACACUCGGAAGUGCAGUUGCGUAUGGAACAACGUAAAGCAAUGUUAAUUUAUAACUAGUUAACAUAAUUAGAUUUUUAUCCUUAAGAGUAGGAUUUCAUCUAGUUGCCUUCGUAACAGUAGAGAAAUUAGGUAAUUCCUUUUCUCUCAGUAGUUUCAUUAUAAAGUGAGGUCAGUCGCAUGUUUCCACUCGCCAGUCAAUUGUCCCGCUUGUCUUCCCCGCGAGCCGGCUCGACACGGCCCCCGACCUUACAUCGCGCUGACACUAGCUAGAUGCAUCUCGACUCAUCGUAUCUUAGGCUAAGUAUAUUAUAUUAUUGGCCUCGUCGGGUCCCCUCGCCGAGGCCGCGUACCUGACACCAAAGUAAAGUUAAUGGUAGUGACUAGCGUGCGCUAGCCCGGAGCUGAGCCUGGAACCGGGAGCCGGGAGCCCGCCCAACACAUCGCACAAGUCACGCGGAGACGCUCCCGCCGCCGCCGCGGGGCGGAGGGCUUGCGGCGAAAGCUGCAACUCUUCGCUCCCGAGUAGUGUUUUGUAAAAUAAAAUGUUAGAGUAGGCAUAACCAAACUUCUAGUCGGCUUUCAAUGAUCUUAUUAAUCUGAUAAUAUCAAUCGUAAUAUUGCAGUUGUAUUCUUAGGUUACUAGUGUACAUAAUGUGGCGUUCUUGUGUUCAAUCAGCCACGCGCCUCGCGGGGCCGCGCCGUCCGAUGAUCGCACGACUAUCGCUCGUUUAUUGUUCGGUUCGGACACUUGUGAGGCACGGUGGCUAGCGUUCUAACAAAAUCUCAAUCUUAUCGUAAAGCAUAGAUAUUUUCAUAAUCAAUAGUAUGCAUUGUUGAUUGGAUUGCUAAUUUUGUAUAAGUACACAAUUAGUAUAGUUUAUAUACUUAUGUGUCAAUUCAUAUAGCAUUUUAUUGCAUUAACAGACGAUAGCUAGUAAGUGUUAAAGGUAAUCCAGACGUAAUAACAGUACUGUUUAUUAGGCUUCUUUGGAUUUUUAGUUCCAAUGUGACGUUUUGGGAGCGUUUCUGUUGCGUUUGUUAUAGAGGCGGGAGCGCGCAGGCCGCCCGCGCGGAUCCCGCCCGCAACAGGGGCGCUCCGCAGUUUAUUAAAUGUACCUACUACAUAUUUAUGGGAAACAAUAUACAUGUCGUAGCGAUCGUAAACAGAAUUUAACCUACAAAUCAGUCCUCUAAACAUAUUUGUAUUUUAUCUUCUCCAUAAUUGUAUAAAAAGGAAUUUAAAGAGCAACGAAGAUGAUGAAUAAUAUUAGGUAUCCGAUUGCAUUUUGAAAAGGUUACUCUAGUAUGAUAUUUAUUAUUUAUCUACUC